AUGAGCCCGACACUAAUCGAUCAGUUCACUUUCCAAGCUUCCCGAGUCGCACGUCCUACUGCCAGACAGACGCAAAGGCCGGCCGUCACAGGUCUAAGGACCUUGCAGCAGUCCCGCUCACUAUCAUUAUUCGGUUGGGGAGGCAAGGGCAAUACUGAAGGUUCCACGGCGACACCCCCGUCUACGACCGAGGCUACGAGUUCGUCGCAGACUGUCGUCGAGUCUGCCCGGAGUGUGAAAGCGUCCCAUGCGACUUCAGAUGCACCCGAUCUCACCUUUUCUCAUCCUCAUCCAGUCAGCGACGCCGAGCCAGAAGCUCUGAGAAACUUGGAAAAUUCAAUCCUCAAGCCCCAUGGCACUGCACCACCUACAAGCGAGAUAUCUGAGACUCCUGAUCUGGCUUCGAUUCCGGAAGGGCUUGGAUACCUGAAAGAUGCGUGUGGUUUGGACUUCGGAUGGGGCCCCACGGCCAUGAUGGAGGUCUUACUGGAGCACCUUCACAUCACCGCUGGGUUAUCUUGGUCCGCAUCAAUUAUAGGGCUUGCUCUCCUGGUCCGUCUGGUCUGCGUUCCAACCAUAAUUUCUGGGAGUGAUCAGUCUGCGAAGUUGAGAGAAGUGCAAGGGGUGGUCGCGCCACUGCGUGCCGAACUCCAAGAGGCUCUCCGGUCAAACAAUCGGCAGGUGGCGAUGGAGAAACAAGUCGCCUUGAGGGCCAUCAACCAGGACUACGGUAUCUCCCUCCCUAAAGCAUUUGCUGGAGUCCUUUUACAGAUCCCCUUGGGAUUUGGAGCCUUCCGUCUUCUGCGCAAUGCUGGAACCCUCCCUGUCCCCGGGCUCGAAGCUGAGCAGUUUCUCUGGCUGACGAGCCUCUCAAUGGGUGAUCCAACCUACUUAUUGCCUGGUAUGAUCGGAGUCAUGACCUACUUCAACUUCAAAGUCAGUAUGAGGGCAUCUACCGCGGGGAAUGUGGCACGGAUCGCUCUGCCAGUGGUACCGGUUGUCUCAUUUGUUUGUCUUGCGUUUCAGCCGGCUGCGGUGCAGAUCUACUUCCUGGUCAAUGGCAUUUUUACUCAGAUCCAGUCGUUGUUGUUGUUCAACCCGAGGGUCAGACAAUGGAUGAAUCUGACCGCGCUCCCGGAGCCGGGCAACCCUGCCUCGCCCACGAGCUUUUCUAAGAUGAAUGUUGUGAAUGUUGAAGAUAGACCUUUGACAGUUGCAACGCCUCCUCCGGCGAGGCCAACGACGGACCGCAGUAUCAUCGACAAGGGUGUUGAUCUUGUCAAAGAAAGGGGACAAGAGGCAUGGAAGAGCACGGUUGGCAACAUGUCUGAGGCAUGGCAGAAGGAAAGGUUGAAGAAGAUUGAACAGGAAAAACGGGCGAAACGCGCGGCCACGGUGGCCAAGUACGAGGCUCAACGAAGACAAGACCUGGAAGAGCAGAGAUUCCAUCGGAAUGCCGGGGCCGUUGGACCCAUGCGCAUUAACAGAAAGUCGGAGGCGCCAUUGGCUUCCAGACGACAAGAGGAGAAUUGA